UUUUUCGCCAGCAAGGCACGGGCUGCUCGCCGCUCCUUUCGCUUCGCCUUCAGGACCUGCGCUGCCCCGCCUCUCGAGCUCGAUGCUCGUUUUUUGUAAUUAUCCCGUAUUGUUUAGCGGUGGCACAUGGCGCCUCGAGACCAGUGUUCGUUUUUGUACCCGCAUCAGCGCCAGCGCGGCAAGGUCAGUUCUUAGGUGUGGCAUCCGCAGAGUCGCAUGCCACGGGCAUUCAUAUGCGCGGUCUUGGCGCUGGGGGGGAGAAGGCGAACCCGCGUGAGGAAGUCUGCGCUUGCUCGGCUCGCCGUGCAGGCCGACCAGCCUUCUCAGAGUGAGCAACGCAACGAACGGACGCUGUUGAGAGGGGAGGCGGCCGCAGAGGAGGAGAGGGACGGAGAGCCCCGCGCGCCCGCGGGCGAAGAGCAGCCCACGUACGGGCAGCCAUGGCCCGAUGUCAUGGGCCAUGCCGCGGGCGCCAGUGGUCGGAUGCCAUGGGCCGCCCCUGGGCCAUGCCGUGGGCGCCAUGGUCCGAUUGUCAUGGGCCAUGCCGUGGGCGCCAGUGGUCCGAUGUCAUGGGCCGCCCCUGGGCCAUACCGUGGGAGCCAGGCGUCAGAUGCCAUGGGCCACGCCUCCCUCCUGGCUGCAGAGCGCCCCACCGUCCUCGUCGCUGCCAGGCCGCCCGUGGCAAGGAGCCGCGGCGGGGCAGCACUCCAGAGACGGGCGUCGCUCACCCUUUGGGCUCUUGAGGUCCUCAGCACGCCGCCUCGCCGCAUGUGCAUGCUUUCUGAGCCACGCCCGAUCCAAGCAGCGCUGCGUCUGCCACGAUCAGAUUUUUGACGGCAGCACGGCGCUCCCCGCGCGCAGCGUGGCAUCUCACCAACACCACGUCAGGGUUUUCAGUCCUUUCUGUCACUACAGACCUAAGGACAAACAGAGAUCCCUGAUUCCUUCGUCCCUCGCUGCCAGCAGGGUUCGACAGUCCUUGGCAGACUGAAUGCAGAGGUUAGUGCUGAACUGCCCUCGUAAGGGCUAGGUGCGACUCUCUUUGUGGGUCUACCAGCGCUCAAUCUCCCGCUACUUCAUCUAGCUUCUUCUGGCCACUCUUCUGUUCUCGGCUGGGCCCGCUCCCGGUCAGCUUUUCCGCCGUCGCCCUCCGCCGAGGGCGCGAUCCUCUGGUGCCGCUAGCGAUGUGGGCCCACAGUGGAAAGGAGAGGCUGGUGAAAGGGUCAGGGUGAAUGAGUUUCACCAUGGCCUUGGACUUUUGGCCUCCGGAGGGCGCUCUCGGCCAGACCGCCGCCUCCCAGGGCGGACCUCUCCCCGAGCUCCGCUCUCUCGCAGCCUGCUGGUGAGCGUCACCUGCGAGUGCAGUCAACCCGCAUACGUAGUUUGGAGGGGCAAACUUCCCAAGGGC